AUGGCAGAUAAGAACACGACUGAGUCAAGAAAAGUUCGGGUACGUCCUUUGAAGGAACUUUGUGCCAAAAAAGUUGUUAAGACCUACGGUGGCAUAGAUACACGUUGGCUUCAAUAUGUCUCGGGGAAAUUGCAUUGGGAUUAUAUCCAGUCUGUACCUGAGUGUGAGGAGAAGGUGUCUGAUGAUGUGCCACCUAGGGAAAAAGAGAAGUUCGACCGACUCGAUCAUAAUUGCCGAAAAAAAGAUAAUUGUGGCCGUGAAGUGACCAAGUUCACGUAUUUGGGGGGGAAGAAUUUAAUUGGUUUCCGUUCCGAUGGUGAUGAUGACGAUGAUGCCGCUGAUGGCAGUGGUAGUGGUGGAGAAUGCGGGGAGGACGAGACAGAUGAAGUAAAUUCUAGUGAAGAAGAGGACUGCGACAAACCCGGAUGUAUUUGUAGGGAAGCAGACAAAAGGGAUGGGAAUUCUCGAGAUUCCGAUGCUGAUGAUGAGUGUGAGGAUGACGACGUGUCCGAUGAUGCAACAUCCAGUGAAGAAGUCUUCGACGAAUACCGAUAUCUUUGCAUAGAACUCGACAUUCGCAACAAUGGAGUGGUUGAUGUUUCACAUUGUUGGAUAAGUUAUCCACUUCAUUCCGAUACUGAUGAUAAUAACUACGAGUCCGACGAUUCAACAUCAUGUGAAGAAUUGUUUGAUAAACGCCGAUUUCUUUCCUUAGAACUCAGAAUGCGCAACAAUGAAGUGGUUGAUGUUUCAAAUUUUUGGAUAAAUAGUCUAAGUGAUUUCGAUACUGAUGAUGAUGAUAAUGAUGAGUGUGCGGAUGAGGAUGACGAGUCCGAUGAAGUAACAUCCAGUGAAGAGGUGUUUGAUGAACGCCGAUUUCUUUGCACAGAACUUGACAUGUGCAACAAUGAAGUGGUUAAUGCCUCGCAUUAUUGGACAAAUGAUCCACUUGAUUCCGAUACUGAUGAUGAUGAGUGUGACGAGUCCGAAGAUGCAGCAUCCAGUGAAGAAGACGAGUUCAACGAACGCCCGUUUAUUUGUGGCAUUGAGUUGACUUAUGUACCUCUAAUUUUGUCCAUAGUUGCUCUUCUUUUUAUUGUCUAUUCUAAGUCAAGAAAAGUUCGGGUACGUCCUUUGAAGGAACUUUGUGCCAAAAAAGUUGUUAAGACCUACGGUGGCAUAGAUACACGUUGGCUUCAAUAUGUCUCGGGGAAAUUGCAUUGGGAUUAUAUCCAGUCUGUACCUGAGUGUGAGGAGAAGGUGUCUGAUGAUGUGCCACCUAGGGAAAAAGAGAAGUUCGACCGACUCGAUCAUAAUUGCCGAAAAAAAGAUAAUUGUGGCCGUGAAGUGACCAAGUUCACGUAUUUGGGGGGGAAGAAUUUAAUUGGUUUCCGUUCCGAUGGUGAUGAUGACGAUGAUGCCGCUGAUGGCAGUGGUAGUGGUGGAGAAUGCGGGGAGGACGAGACAGAUGAAGUAAAUUCUAGUGAAGAAGAGGACUGCGACAAACCCGGAUGUAUUUGUAGGGAAGCAGACAAAAGGGAUGGGAAUUCUCGAGAUUCCGAUGCUGAUGAUGAGUGUGAGGAUGACGACGUGUCCGAUGAUGCAACAUCCAGUGAAGAAGUCUUCGACGAAUACCGAUAUCUUUGCAUAGAACUCGACAUUCGCAACAAUAAAGUGGUUAAUGCUUCGUCUUAUUGGAUAAACGAUUCACUUGAUUCCGAUACUGAUGAUGAUGAUGACGAGUCCGAUGAAGAAAUAUCCAGUGAAGAAGACGAGUUCGACGGACCCUGUUUUGGUUGCAGCAUUGAUAUGGAUAGUAUACCAGUCCAUUUUAUUUAUGUACCUAUGCUUUUGUCUAUGCUUGGUCUUCUUCUACUCAUAUAA